GCUCCGCGGGCUCACAGAGGGAAGUCAUGGCUCUGCACUGUUUUACCCAGCUAGGACGCAAAGCGCGAUGCAAAUUGUUGCUGUCGCCCUCGUGGCUUUUCCGCGGCCCCCUUUCCGCCCACUCCUCGAGCAGCAGCAGCAACACUGCCGACGGCUUUCCCGCCGGAAAUCACUUAAUAUACACGCAGGAGCAUUUCGCUUUGAGAUCGUCUCUGAGACAGAUUAUUGAUAAAGAAAUUAAUCCAUUUGUGGACAAAUGGGAAGAAGAAGGUCAUUUUCCAGCUCACCAAGUUUUUAAGUCUCUGGGGAAAGCAGGAUUUCUUGGAGUGAACAGACCAACUGAAUAUGGCGGGAUGGGCUUGGACUUCUCCUACAGUACUGCAGUUGCAGAAGAACUGGGAAAUAUUCGCUGUGGAGGUGUUCCCAUGGCAAUUGGAGUGCAAUCAGAACUGGCAACCUUUUCACUGGCAAGAUUUGGAUCCGAUGAGCUGAAAAGAGAGUUCCUUGUUCCUGCCAUAGCUGGAGAUGUUGUGACUUGUUUAGGAGUCAGUGAAUCUGGGGCAGGAUCAGAUGUUGCAAGCAUCAAGACAAAGGCUGUAAGAAAAGGAGAUGACUACAUUAUCAAUGGAGACAAAAUGUGGAUUACCUCCGGGUGUCAGGCAGACUGGAUGUGCCUGUUGGCAAACACAAGCGAAGGGCCACCCCACAGAAACAAAUCUCUCCUGUGCCUGCCAAUGAAGCUACCUGGUGUUCAUGUUGCCAAGAAGAUCGAUAAGAUGGGGAUGCGAUCAUCUGACACAGCACAAAUCUUUUUUGAAGAUGUCCGAGUUCCUAGCAAAUACCUCAUUGGAGAGGAAGGAAUGGGUUUUACAUACCAGAUGUUGCAAUUCCAAGAAGAACGUAUGUGGGGAGCAGCCAGUGUUUUGGAACAGCUGGAAAAUGUGGUACAAGAAACAAUUGAUUAUACUCGCCAACGUAAAGCAUUCAACCAGCCAAUACUUCAUAACCAAACAGUGCAUUUUUGUCUGGCUGAAUUGGCAACUGAGAUUGAGCUUCUCCGUUCCUUGCUCUAUCAUGCUGUUGCGCUCUACAUCCGUGGCCAUGAUGUUACCAAAUUUGCAUCCAUGGCUAAACUAAAGGCAGGCCGUCUGUCUCGAGAGGUAGCAGACCGUUGUCUCCAGUUCUGGGGAGGAAUGGGAUUCACUAAUGAGGUGCUAGUGAGUCGAUCGUACAGAGACACACGGUUGCUAUCAAUAGGAGCUGGAGCUGAUGAAGUCAUGCUUUCUAUUAUAUGCAAAUACAUGGGCAUCUUACCAAAGAAGUAACCGCCAUGAACCCUACAGACUUUUGAAGAAUUUUAUAUUUUAAUAUGGUACAUCAAGUAGACUCUUUGGGGAAAGAAUAUGCAAUAUACAAUUUUCGAAGAACCAACCAACCUGAUAGCUUAAAUGCUUACUCAUAUGCACCUGAUAUGCCACACCACACCAUAAAGCCACUACUAGAAUCAAGCACACACACACCCAUUUUACCCAAAGUGUUCUUAUUGCUACCUCUAUCCCCAUUUACAGGCGGAGAUCUGGCUUCUUUCUGUGAAAUUUCUAAUAUUAAACUUAUGUAAAGAAAACCAGAACACAAGCAGUAGCUUAUACAGAUUUCGCCGAAAGCCUAUACUGAGCUACCCUGCUGUUCAUACACUGCUAGGUAAAUUUGUUUACUUUGCCCCAGAACCUUUUUCUCCAUCAGUUUUAACUGAAGAUUAAUCACUUACUUGGUUCUGCAUUCUGUAGAGCAACAUCAGGUUAGAAUAUCCCUUGGCCUGUCAAACACCGCCUACCCUCUUAAAAAGGCUGCAUGAAUCCUAUCACACCCUACUGGCUCUGAUGAAAUUUCAACAUUUGGAAUAGCAAAGUAUUGAUUGAACCCAUAUGUAGACUGACCAAGAGUAUUUGUUUAGGUAUACUGUUACUGCAAUUACAAUGGUUAAGUCACAGAAUGUUACAGUUGACCAUCACACCUCCUCUGUGUGUGCAUAUGUGUGUGCACACACAUGCAUACGCACACACAAUCGAUUCCAUCUUAUUGGCUAAAGUAAUAUAAUGUGCUAUUGUACCUGACAAUUACUAGGAAUAUAAUUGCAAUAAGUUGUUAACUGGCUUUGUACUGAAUGCAGUUAAAAUUAUUUUUAAUUUUUAAGAACUUACUUGGACCACUUAUUCUAUAUACGGUGAAAAAACUACCAUUUUGGCCCCACAAAAGAGGGAAUUUUGGAAUUCAUAUUAUCACUGGAAUGUGUUGACAUUUUCAGUGCUCAUUUUAUAAAUGUCUUACAUGUUGGGCACAUUUAUUUUAAAUUAUUCUGCUUCAUAAUAGGCUUCUGUGCUUUGCCACAUCUGUGCCCACAAAGUUAUACUGCCCAAUUACAUCAAACUGGGGAAACCCUUUAAUGACCAGAAUUAGGUUGUACAUCUACAUGGAAGCAGAGGUGGAACAUGUGUGCUGCCAAAACAGUCACUCAUAUUUUUCUUCCAGAUACAUCUGGAGUUCUUGAUACUUCCCUCUAGUUUCAGCAACCAGUCAGGAACUAGGCCAUGAGGACUCAGUACACAGGAUGAGCCAUGUCCUUUCCUGCAGUGUAGUUUGCUUGUAGGAAUGCACAUGGGCCAAAACAUUGCAAGCUAAGUUAGACUCUCCUCAAAAGAGGGCUGUUUCAUUUAAAAUUCAUAUAAGAACCCUGAUGGAGUAGGAUUCGUGCUUUUUUGGGGAGGGGGCAGGAGAGCAGUACUGGGAUAGGAUUCUACAAUUAGCUUUUUUUCAUAAUUCAAAUACUGUGUUUUCUGAAUUCCAAAGCCAGAUUUCUUAAUCAUGACCAUCUCACUUGUUUUCCCCAAUUGAAUCUGUUAACUAGAGAAGAGGAGCUGGAGGGCACAAAGAAAGCCCACAGUAUCGUCUCUCUAAUUUUGUUAUAUUACAGUUGCACCAUGCCUGAGCCUUAAUAAACAUCACAUUUAUGCAUUUCAAACAUAAUAAAAUGAAUACAUGGAUUUUAAGAAAUUCAUCUUUUUAAAGAGUUAAAACAAUGGAAGUGCCAUUUUCUGUAAGAAAUUCCAAGUUUCUUGUUAUGUUUAUUAUGUUCUAAUAAAUUACAAAUCAUGA